AUAAAAUUUGAUGUUGAAAUCACCAACAGUGUUAAAUAUGACAUCCAAUGUAAAUAUUUAUACAUUAUAUGCUUUAAUCUUUAUCUUCGUGCUUUGUUUAUCGAAUCAGCGCGAUGAACACAAAUCAAAUAUAAAAAAACCGUUCGCCUCCCGCCGAGAGCAUGAAUAUUCAUAGGGAUAAAAAUAGCCCCAUGUGACAGACGACAACAUUGCGAUCGAAGCUGUCCACCAAGAAGGAAUAAUGUCUGCGGUGGGAAUUGGCGACGACGAUGAUUUGGGGGAGUCGGACUUCGAGUCGGACAUAUCCGUCGAUUCUCUCGAUUCCGACUCCGAGUCCGACUCCCAGGAAGAGAUAAGCGAUCACGAGGAAAAUAACCAAGAAGAGGCAGGGGCCAAACCAAUGGUCUGUGGCCCCUGGCUGCCCGUGCUGGACACAGACAGCUUUGACCUCGGCAACAGCAUUGACUUUGCCGAGGAGUGCGGCCCUGUCAACCCUCCAGACAUUCCUGAACACCCAUGGUAGAACGACCUCCCGUCUGGACUUCCACAUGUCCCUUCUCCACUCACUCGUCGGGAACACUCAGGUGAAGAGGAGGACUGGCAGGCCCAGGACCCAGCCUCCUUCCCGACGACUGACCGGACGUCACUUCAUAGAAGUGCUGCCUGAAGGGAAGAGGAAACAGUGUGUUCUCUGCAGAAAGAGACAGAGGACCUUCGAUGGCUCCGCAGGAAAGGUCAGGACCUGGUGUCCUGACUGCCACAUUGGUCUCUGUGCACGCUGUUUCCGUCAGUAUCACACAGUUGAUCACAUUGCAGCAACAUCACAGCGAUUCAUUGUAAAUAGAUUAAAUUAUAUUAAUGAUAUAUAUUAUAUAUAUUUACUGUAAAUAGAAAAUGGAUUUGUGUAUAUAUAAAAGGACAUGUUGGUGCGUGAGUAUGAUUCAACGCCACAUUUACAAUAUUCCAGUUAAUUCGUGGCGAUUCAUUGUAUAUGGAUCAUUGAUCUUUUGUUCACAAUUAUGUACUUCAUGUAAAUAGAGUGAGUAUGAUUCAUGCCGCUUUCAGCAGUAUUCCAGCUAAGAUGCGGCCCUUUUUUUAAACUUUAUUGUACAUAGUUUAUAUAUUAUUCACAUGUAAAUACUGUCAAUAAAUAUGUAUAGAUUGAGAGAUUUGUACAUUUGUCUUAUAUAUCUCAUUUCAACAGUUACAAGAUUUGUUACUGAUGAUACUUUUCAAAAUAUUAAAUAAAGUACAUUAAGGACAGUAAGUAUAACAGUAAGGACCUUGGAAUAAGAAAUAAUUUUCUAAAGUCUUUCCAAUUACAGCCAUAUGAAAGUGUGGUUGUUCCUCUGGAAUAUUAACAAAAUAUUCAAAAAUGUUCAUGUAUGCAUAUGUAAGCAUACUUUUUAAUUAUUAAUUGAUAUAUGGAAAUCGAUUCUCCAAUGUUAUCAUAACCAAUGACUUACAUACAUCUACAGAACUAAAGAAACUUUUUACUUCUAGUCCUUAUUAUGAUAAACCCUUAAAAAUUGAAAAUUUCUUCUGAUAAAGUUCGCUCAACAGACAUAAUGUAAUCCAUAAAUUUUAGCGGUAAAUGCCACGAGCAAGCGCGGACGUGAGAGAAGACAGCAAGCCGUGAACGUAUUUGUUCCGGCUUGCGCAAAUCUGAAAUGAUGCCCGUUUUUUUCGAGCGGGUAACCUGUGCCUUUUGGUGUUUACAAAUUCUUCAUAGAUUACCUUUUUUUCAAAUUCGUCAAACAUUACCAGGAAUACAUGGUUUGAUUUGUAUUAAAUGUCCGUUGAAAUAUACUUCGGAUAAUGGUAUUCAUAACAGCUAGUCUACCACAUCGCCAUGGAAAUCAUUCGUCAAAAAGUUCCCGAAAGAAAGAUUAAUUAUCGAGAUCAAUUUUGAUUAUACUUUGAA